UGUUUCUAUUCCACAUGGCGGCGCUCCUCAAGAGGCUUCUGCUGGCCAGGCCACACGUGGUGGCCCUCGGGCACCGCGUGAGUCGGCGCGGGGCCAGUCUGGGCCCAGAUCCCGGGGCCACGGUGCGAGUGCGCUUCGCUCCCAGCCCCACAGGCUUCUUGCACCUGGGUGGCCUCCGUACUGCCCUCUACAACUACAUCUUUGCCAAGAAGCACCAAGGGAGCUUCAUUCUGAGGCUGGAGGACACCGAUCAGAGCCGCCUGAUCCCAGGAGCAGCAGAAAACAUUGAGGACAUGCUAGAGUGGGCAGGUAUCUCACCUGAUGAAAGUCCCCGCCGGGGUGGUCCUGCAGGGCCCUACUAUCAGUCACAGCGGCUGGCUCUGUAUGCCCAGGCCACAGAAACAUUGCUGAAAUCUGGAGCUGCCUAUCCCUGUUUCUGUUCACCACAGCGGUUGGAGCUCCUGAAGAAGGAAGCACUGAGGAGCCGCCAGACACCUCGGUAUGACAAUCGGUGCCGGAACCUGAGCCAGGCACAGGUGGCCCAGAAGCUGGCCACAGACCCCAAGCCUGCUAUCCGCUUCCGCCUACAGGAGGCAGUACCAGCCUUCCAAGACAUGGUAUAUGGUUGGACUCAGCAUGAAGUGGCCAGUGUGGAGGGGGACCCAGUUAUCCUGAAAAGUGAUGGCUUUCCCACCUACCACCUAGCCUGUGUGGUAGAUGACCACCACAUGAGCAUCAGCCAUGUGCUGCGGGGCUCUGAGUGGCUGGUGUCCACUUCCAAGCACUUGCUCCUCUACCAGGCCCUGGGCUGGCAGCCACCUCGAUUUGCUCAUCUGCCCCUGCUCCUCAACAGGGACGGUAGCAAGCUGUCUAAGAGGCAAGGGGAUAUUUUCCUGGAACAUUUUGCUGCCACCGGUUUUCUGCCAGAAGCCUUGCUCGACAUCAUCACCAACUGUGGCUCGGGGUUUGCAGAGAACCAAAUGGGCAGGACCCUGCCGGAGCUGAUUACACAGUUUGACCUGACUCGGAUCACCUGCCACUCAGCCCUGCUGGACCUAGAGAAGCUCCCAGAAUUCAACAGGCUGCACCUCCGACGGCUAGUGAGCAUUGAGACCCAGAGACCCCAGUUGGUGGAGAAGCUGCAGAGCCUGGUGAAGGAGGCAUUCGGGAGCAAGCUGCAAGACAGGGAUGUUCUGGACCCAGCAUAUAUAGAGAGGAUCCUCCUGCUGCGACAGGGUCACAUCAGCCGUCUGCAGGAUCUGGUCUCCCCAGUGUACUCCUACUUAUGGACCCGCCCUGCUGUCCAUCGAGCAGAGCUGGGUGCCAGCUCAGAAAAGGUGGAUGUGAUUGCCAAACGCUUGCUGGGGCUUUUAGAAAGACCUGGUUUAAGCCUAACUCAGGAUGUGGUGAACAGAGAACUGAAGAAGCUGUCAGAGGGUCUGGAAGGCACCAAGCAUAGCAGUGUGAUGAAGCUCCUGCGGAUGGUCCUCAGUGGACAGCUGCAAGGGCCCCCUGUGGCUGAGAUGAUGGUAUCCUUGGGCCCAAAGGAAGUACGGGAACGAAUCCAGAAGGUGCUUUCUAGCUAGGAAGAAGAUGCGUAGGACCACAGAGGAGACCCUGAGAGCCUCUACCCAUGGAAACUGAAUUCUGAGGAGAACAGGAGGCCUGGGGCCUAUUAGGGUGAACAGUAGUAGAAACAGACUCUCUGACUGCUCUCAUCAGCUGGCCUUCAGGGGUGCCCAGCCAGUUUCAACUCAUUGACUCUGGGAAGGAUGAACUUGAACUCGUGUCUUGAUUCUUUUUUAUUUUUUUAAAGAUUUUUU